AGACGCCUUCAGGAUGGCAAUACAGGUCACAUGACCUCCUCUCUCCUCCAGACUGCAUGCAGUUUCUGUAUUAAAAUGUUUUCUGUACAACCAUCCAUCGGGUUGUUGAUAGAUACAUACUGAGACUACAUCUCUUUAACGGACUAUAACAACACCACAGUGAUACCCGGGCGGUGAACAGCUGUUGUUAGUUGAGGUUUGUCAUCCAGACAGAGCAGCAGAGGAGCAGCUUUACUAGCUCAGGUCGGUUAACGGCGGCGAGGCCCCACCAACCGGGACGGUAAACACGGGGGUAAACCAUGGCCAACAUCGCGGUUCAGAGGAUAAAACGGGAAUUCAAGGAGGUGCUCAAAAGCGAAGAGACGAGCAAAAACCAGAUCAGGGUGGAUCUGGUGGAUGAGAACUUCACAGAACUUAGAGGGGAGAUAGCAGGGCCACCUGACACACCAUAUGAAGGGGGUAGAUAUGAACUAGAAAUAAAAAUUCCAGAGACGUAUCCAUUCAAUCCACCAAAGGUGCGGUUUAUCACGAAGAUCUGGCAUCCCAACAUCAGCUCGGUCACAGGUGCAAUAUGUCUGGACAUUCUCAAAGACCAAUGGGCAGCAGCUAUGACACUGAGGACGGUCCUCCUGUCACUACAAGCCUUAUUGGCAGCUGCAGAACCAGAUGAUCCACAGGACGCAGUGGUAGCCAAUCAGUACAAGCAGAACCCAGAGAUGUUCAAACAGACAGCGAGGCUCUGGUCUCAUGUCUAUGCAAACGCUCCCGUCUCAAGUCCGGAGUACACGCGCAAAAUAGACAAACUCUGUGCCAUGGGCUUUGAAAAAAAUGCAGUAAUAGUGGCGUUGUCGUCGAAAUCCUGGGAUGUGGAGACAGCGACAGAGCUACUGCUCAGUAACUGAAACUUGACACGCUCUUCAUCUUCCUCUUGAUCCCCUAUCCCCCCCCCCUCCUCCUCCUCACACAUACACACCCUCUCUCCUCCGAAUUCCUGCUGUCUCAAGGCGUCUUUCUCCCAGUUGCACCCUCUCUUUCACAGUGGACUCCUCACCUCCACACUCCCCUCCUCUUCUCCACCCCCCACCUCCCCGUUUUAUCCCCCUCUGUGUGGCGUCUCUCCUCCCGGCUCAUCACCUCUGCUGUACCACACUCCAAUCAGUCGCUCUGUGAGCUCUUAUCUCUGGUUUCUUUACGUUCAUUCCUCUCAUUGCUACAAUCAGAACUUCAACCACAUCUUCACCCCACCUUUGAAGCAAAUGCCAGACUUAAGACCCCGCCCACGCCCGCCACUCUCCCAGCUUUUCUGGCUGUGUCCAAGAAGCGGCUGUCAGUGGCUUAUCCUUGCCUAUGCAGUGCAUUUACUUUCAUUCGUGAAAAAACUUUUUUGUAGGAGCAAGUCAAGCCAUUCAAGGAGGCUCUUUUGGACCUGGUCAUGAUUUUUACACAGCCGGAUUUCCAAACAGGGAUUGAGCCGAGUCCUAGACUAAACACAUUUUUAAAUUGGAAACUCUUUUGUAAUUUAUUUGCGCUGUGCCCAACAUCACUGACUUCCCUCAGCUCACUCCUUACAGAGUCAACAUUUGGGGCUACUCUAUAGUGGGAUAGGGUACUCUGAAAUUUGGGGAUUCUGUAUCAUCUUGUGCCAUCACUGGGAGUUUUUAAAGGCACUACAAAUUUUCACAAAAAAUGUGUACAUUCAGAUAAAAUUGUGGGAAAGUCAAUAUAGUGCACCAAGUAGCAAACACGGAGUUAUACAGACACACAGUAUAGGACGAGGCUUAUUCCCUGUUCUGGAAACCAGCUCAUAAAGUGUCACUGAGGUGUUCACACCGUAGCCAUACUACAUAUUUUCAUGCCACUUCGACUGUCUGACGAACCCAAAGCUCCUACAGCGAAUCCCCCAGUUCCCGUACCCACACCUGUUCUUUGACAUGACUUACUUCACCUGUCCCUUCCCCCCCACAUUUUUUAAAAAACUUUUAUUUGGUUUUGGCCUCCUGCAGGAAUACAUUUGAAUUCUUGUUUUUAAACUGAAAGAAAACAAAACAAACAAAAAAAAACCACAUGUUCAGCAGUAACACGACCUGUCACACAAGUCUGGAUGGAAAUAGUCCAAAAUGAGUUUGAAAAAUAUUGCAUCAUCUUAACUACGCCAACAGAUAAAUAUGUCAAAAUGAUUCAUCUGUAAAUAAAGAUAUUAAAGUCUGUGUAAAUUAA